UCAGUGACUCAGGAUCAACCAGUUGCUGAUGCACAAUUUCGGGUCUUUUUGAAUAACUUUUGUUUGUUGUAGUCACUCCUUUUUAGCCACAGCGAUUCUAGUACUCUUCACCCCACCUACUGUGGCAUGUUAUUGCGUACUACAGUUUGUUGUGCUGCUCGGGAUGUAACUGACUUGCAUUUCCUCAGCAUUGUAUGAGCCACAGAUGGCGCGUGUCGCAACGCCUCUGUUAAUGCUUCCGAUUUCACAUUGCGCAUGGCGAUGGCAAGAUAUGUAGCGCGUUCAGAAGACGAAGCUGUCCUCUUUUUUACAGGUCCAGCUCAGUACUGAUAACAGGAUUUCUUUUUUAACUCACUUUUCUGAACAGAAGAGAGAUCGACACUGGAGUCAAUACCCAGGCGCUGGAUGCGUGAAUGAGGUGAAGGGCACGUCGACGCGCCUUUCUUCAUCCUGUUCAUCAAAAUCAUCAGAAAUACAUUACAUUGACAUGUCAGGACUUUUCUUUGGAGUCUGCUCGUCAGAGAGGUAAUCUGUUAGAGAUCCGGGACUACACCGAGACGUUUGGAUUUUACCGGCCGCAUUAAAAUAUUCAAGCGUUUGCGCAUGUACCCGUUUGGAUUAAUAGUCAUGCGUACUGCUCGGUUUCUUAUUACAGCAGUCCUUCUGCUAGUGUGUAGAGCUCAGGAAGAGUGUGAAAUUUUUCCGAGGAACCCGGUCCUGCCGUAUGGCUCCAAUUUAACCAUCUUCUUCAAAGCUCCGUCCAGUAGUGUCUGUCGCUCAAAGAUGCAGUUCAGUCCCAGCAGAAUCUUCUGGAAACUCAAUAAAACGAAAAUAGACGAGAGGUUUUAUGACUUCAACUCCACCUUCGCCUCUGUGUCCAUUCUCAACCUCUCUGGAAGUGGCUCACUGGAGUGUUUUUUAGAUGCUGCUUCUCCUGUCUUGUUGGACGGUGUCUCCAUACAUACAUACCCUCUCGUCAGCAGUCCCCAAAAUGUCUCAUGUAUUGAAAAUUUGGCCGACAAUCCAUUCUUUACCAAAGUAACCUGCAUGUGGGAUCAUGAUCAACACUCCACAGAUAUAAAGUACACAGUUUAUCUAAAGCAGGAAGGAGAGCAUACUUGUAAUUCAUCUGGAAGAAGUUGUACAUUCUCGGAUGGAACGAUGAUUAUUUACGAUAAAAAACUGAGCGUCCGUGUUAUUGCAACUAAUUCCUUUGGAUAUUCAGCUUGCUCCAGUGAUGUUAUCUACAGUUAUGGUUGGGCUAUAUUUCAAAUGAAUUCACCAGAAGAUGUUAUUGCCAAGGCUUUGCCGACCGGUCUCAGAGUGACAUGGAAUACUGAAGAGAAAUUUUUGAUCAGUAAAGAAUACACAGAGUGUGAAAUACGAUUGCGUGAAAAAGAUUCCUACACUGAGCCUGUGGUGAAAAGUGUGGAAAGGGGCAAAAUAAGUAGCGUGGAAGUGACCGAGGUGAAACCCUGUACCAACUACACCGUGUCCGUACGCAGCAGGUACCUUCAUUCAGUCUGGAGCACAUGGAGCCGUGAAGUUACAGAACUCACCCAUCUCAACGUGAGAAGAUUACAUUUUCAUCUCUGGAGAUCCAGAAGUGUGUUGGAUGACAAGGGAAAAAGAGGCGUGCACCUUAUGUGGAUGGGAGUCCCACCAUCAUGUAAAGCUGUGGAUGAAUAUUGCAUCUCCCAUGACUCUCCGAGAACUCUCAAGUGCUUUGGGCCCUACCAAAAUCACACUUUUAUUACUUUAGGCGAACAUCCACACAGAAUAACCGUGGCUGCGUUUCGCAAUGGCACAAGACUCAAUGGCGCUUCCAUUGAGGUACCUGCCAUGGCAGAAGAGGUAAAUUUACCUCCGGUUAGGAAUAUCAGUGUGUUUGUCCAGCAUGGGUGUAUCAAUAUCACCUGGGAGAAGCCCAGACUUCCUGUCAGUGGAUAUAUAAUAGUGUGGAACAGUACUGCUAGAAACCACAUGUGGCAGCACACCCAAAAUACCAGUUUCAGUCUGAAGGAUAACCCUUUCACCCGCUACACCAUCUCACUGACCCCUCUCUAUAAAGAUGGUCCUGGAAAUGAAAUUACUCUUCAUAAUUGCAGCCCAGGAAGCAACCUCACAGCAGUGUCUAAUGUCCAAGUGACUGGCGUGAGUGACAAGCAAGCAGAGAUCCACUGGUCGCCGUUAUUACCGUCUCAGUGCUGCGCGUUUGUACUGAACUACACAGUGUUCUACAAAACAUACAAUGAGUCCAAAUUCAGAAAUGUCACUGUGGGACCGUCUCAGUACAGAGUGGUUUUGGAGGAUCUGCAGGCCAAAACAGCGUACAGCGUUUAUAUCAUGGCCAGAACAGUGGCUGCUUCUUCCCAGAGCAUGCCAAUCAUAUUCUCUACAAAGCCCAGUAAAUAUUUUCUUGUUGGGCUUGUUCUCUGCUGUGUGGGACUGAUCCUGCUGUCCGCCCUUGCUGUGAUGAUACAAAGAAAACUCUUGAGUAAAAAGAUUCCAGACCCACGAUUCAGCUCUCUGUCCAUGUGGCCAUCAGACAAAUGCAAAAAUCCGUGGAGUCUACUCCCAGUGCCUGGGGGCAGGGACACAGAGAAGAUCCUGCCCUGUCAUGUGGACAGUGAGAUCAUCAGCGUGUCCCCGACCAGCAAAAUAGUCACGGCUGCAGUGAAGACUUUGACAGAUAUUCAGAAUAUCGCAGCGCAUACCGAAACGACGGCAGAGUCACAAAACACUCCACUGGCCGCCAGUUUUUUGAAUAAAGGUCAGCUGCCAUAUGGUGGCAAAGAGCAAAGAGUUCCUUUUAUACCAUCACUGGAUUUUCAGACUUCAGGUGUUUCCCUUCAGGAAUAUUCACUCCCUCCCGUUCAGUCACCUUACAGGAAGCAAACACCGCUCAGCAGCCCCCUGGAGUCACCUAAUAAACCUCCAUGGUCAGAUGAGACAGAGACACUGCUGACACCAAAGCUCAAAAAUACAACUUACUUUACUAGUUACGUAACCUUGGACAUGUUUGAACCUGCGAAACACCCAGCCAAGUGAGCUCUUAAUAUUUCUAAUCACUCUAUUAUUGUAUAUCUUUGCUACAACUGUCUAGUGCAUUCAGAACAUCCAGUAACCAGUAAUAACCAGAAAUGCGUUCUGUUCACACACUUGAUGAACUAUUUGCCGAGUGGAAGGUGUUCUUAGAUCAAGUUGAAUUUGAAAAAAUAUUCAACAAUGUAAUCAUAUUGUUAAUACGCAAUAAAAUGCUUAGCUUGAACUGUAAACCUAAUAAAAUGAUAUAUCGCACCAGGCAGUGACUGCAGCGUUGGCUAAGGUAUGGGUAAUGUUAGCACAAUGCUUCAUCUGAGCGUACUUAACGCCUUACUGUUAAUGUCAUAAUGCAGUGAGUUUUUGUUUAUCAGCACCAUUUCCAUAACAUAACCUAAAAAAUGUUCCUAGGUAAUAGAUAUUUCUAAAAUUGAUCCUACUUCUCUUCUAGCUAGCUGCAGAGUGCAGCACAGUGAAUGAUGACUAUCUCGAUUAGCAGUACAGUUACCAUGUGAAAAGUAGCUCUGAAGAUACAAAGCUACCAAAUUACACCUUCCAACAUUUAAUUUAACCAGUAUUUGAUUUUAUUAUGCAGUCAAUUUAUUACAUGAAGAAAAAAAAAGUAUUACUAGAGACACAGCUGAGCUGAUAACCAGGAUCAUUUUUGGGGCGAGGAAUAUCAAACAGAGCAUCCAAUAUCAGGAAAAAUAAAUAAAUAGAUAAAUAGAUAAA